UAUAAGACUGCAUUGCUAACUGUUUUUGUGCUUAUUCUUCGACCAUGGGGAACCAAUUUCUGUUUUUUGCUCUGUUGGUGCUGAUUCCUGCACUUGGAUCAUCUGAUUUUUUUAUAAAUAAUAUCAGAAACAUCAAGAAAAGAAAUGCUGCAGAUGCUAACAGUGAUGGUAUAGAUAUCUACAGCAUGAAAGUGGACUGUAAAGUUACCUCCCGAUUUUCCCAUAAUGUCAUCAUGAGUAGAGCUGUCAACAGGGCCAAUGUAUCCAAGGAAGCCUUCUUUGAUGUCGAGCUCCCCAAGACCGCCUUCAUCACCAAUUUUACCAUGACAAUUGAUGGAGUCACCUAUUCUGGAACUAUAAAAGAAAAAGAAGCUGCCCAACAGCAAUAUCAACAGGCAGUUGCAAAAGGACAGACAGCAGGCCUAGUCAAGGCUUCUGGAAGGAAAACUGAAAAAUUCAGUGUUUCAGUCAACAUUGCUGCAGCCAGCAAAGUAACUUUUGAGCUGACCUAUGAGGAAUUACUGAAAAGACGGUUUGGAAAAUAUGAGCUGUUUCUAAAAGUAAACCCAAAGCAACUUGUCAACCACUUUGAGAUUGAUGCAAACAUCUUUGAACCUCAGGGUAUCAGCUAUUUGGAAGCCGAAGGCUCAUUCAUCACCAAUGACUUGUUACCACUUAUACACAAAUCUUUCUCAGGAAAAAAGGGCCAUGUGUCGUUCAAGCCAACCAUUGACCAACAACGAAGCUGCCAAAAUUGUCCAACAACACAACUCAAUGGCGAUUUUCUCAUAACAUAUGAUGUGAACAGAGAAUCUCCAGGUGAUCUACAGAUUGUCAAUGGGUAUUUUGUGCACUUCUUUGCACCAAAAAACAUUUCACGUUUGUCUAAGAACAUUAUUUUUAUAAUUGAUGUUAGUAUUUCAAUGUCUGGAAGAAAACUACAGCAGACAAAAGAUGCACUGCUAAAAAUACUGGAAGAUAUAAAAGAAGAUGACUAUCUGAAUUUUGUAUUGUUUGGUGAUGAAGUGCAUAAAUGGAAAGAUACUUUAAUCAAAGCCACUCCUGAGAACCUGGAUGAAGCAAGACGUUAUGUUCAAAACAUUGGCAUAGCUGGAUGGACAAAUCUUCAUGGUGGCUUGUUGACUGGAAUUGAAAUGCUCAAUGAAGCUCAUAAAAAUGGUUCUCUCCCUGAAAGAAGUGCUUCCUUGAUUAUCAUGUUAACAGAUGGUCGUCCCACUAAAGGUGAAAGAAACACCCAAAUAAUUAUAUCUGAUGUCAAAAAUGCAAUUCAAGGGAAAUACCCUUUAUAUAAUCUUGGGUUUGGUUAUGAUCUCGACUACGCUUCUUUAGAAAGAAUGGCAGCUGAUAAUAACGGGUUGGCUCGUCGAAUUUAUGAGGAUUCCGAUUCAGCCUUACAAUUACAGGGGUUUUAUGAUGAGGUAGCCAACCCUUUACUCACAGAAGUAGAGUUAAAAUAUCCGGAAAAUGCCAUCUCCGAUCUGACACAAAAUCAUUUUAAGCACUACUAUGAUGGUUCUGAACUUGUUGUGGCUGGACGUAUUACAGACAAUGACCUCAACAGUAUUAUUGCCGAGGUGAAAGCUCAUGGGGCAGAAGACAAUAUGACCUUUACCGAACAAGCAGAUGUUGAAGGAACAGCUAAAGGUUUUGAGGACCAACAGUACAUCUUUGGGGAUUAUAUUGAGAGACUCUGGGCAUAUCUCACCAUUCAACAGCUUCUGGAAAAACGGAAUGCCGCAAAAGGAGAUGAAAAGGCAAAUCUUACUGCUCAAGCCCUGGAACUGUCUUUAAAAUAUAAAUUUGUGACUCCUUUGACAUCCAUGAUAGUCACAAAACCAGAAGACAAUGAGGAUAAGGCCGCUCUUGCAGACAAACCUCUAGAAGCUGAGGCAUCAGCAUCACCUGUUGUUCCAUCAUACAGUAGUCCAGCCACCAGUCACAUGUAUACUAGUGUUGAUGGAGAUCCACACUUCAUUAUAGAUGUGCCCCUUAAAGAAGAUGCUCUUUGCUUUAACAUUAAUGAAGAUCCAGGUGUAGUAUUAAACCUCAUUAGAGACCCAUCUACAGGUAUUACUGUAAAUGGGCAGCUUGUGGGAGACAAACAGAGCAGUAAUGAUGCCGGUCCACACAAUACUUACAUUGGAAGACUUGGGAUUCUAAACACGCAAUUGAACAUGAAACUUGAAAUCACUCCUGAGAAAAUUACUCUCCAAAAUGGCACAAAGCAGAUGAGUUUCACAUGGCUUGAUGAAGUCACCUUACGACAUCCAGGCUUGACUUUAAAAAUUAUCCGGAAAAAAAGUUUGGAAGUUUCAAUGGGAGAUGGAGCGACGUUUGUAGUGGUUUUGCAUCAGGUCUGGAGAAAACAUGCGACACAUGGAGAUUUUCUGGGGUUCUAUACAAUUGACAGUCACAAGUUGUCUGAAUAUACCCAUGGCUUAUUAGGGCAGUUUUUCCAUCCAAUUGACUUUAGCAUACUUGAAGUACAUCCUGGGUCUGAUCCUAAGAAACCAGAUGCUACCAUGAUAGUGAAAAAUAACCAGCUGACAGUGACUAGGGGCUGGCAGAAAGACUACACCGAAGAUUCAAAGCAUGGCACAAAUGUCCCCUGUUGGUUUAUUCACAACAAUGGAGAAGGGCUAAUUGAUGGCGCAUACACUGAUUAUGUUGUUUCCAGCCUGUUUUAGCACAAGGAGAUGUCCCUCUCAGCUACAGCACUUUGAAAUGAUAGAAUGUAACUAUUCUACAUCACCAGUAUUUACUGAAUAUAAAUUUCAGAACAGAUCACUGUUCUGUGUUUCCUACUUUAGUACAACACUGCUGUCUAUCCUUGCAAUAUGUCAUGUAGCUAGAAUUUGUCUCUUACAAUACAAUGGGUUGUUAUCACCUCA